AUGCGAAUGGGAAGGCAAACCAUGAGGAGAGCUGAUCACGUUGAGUACACUGAUUACGAAGAUGAAAAAGAAAAAGCAGCUCCAAUUCGUCAACAGCGUUCCGUCCACCCACAACAACCACACCGAUGGGCCCGUUCUCCGACUACGUCUACAUCAACCAGAGUCGCGAGUUUUAUAGUUUCUAUAAUGUUCAAAUCGGAUGUACCGAUGUUUUUUCAAAUCAAGUUGCACUUCAUCGCAAUGAAAUUGAUUACAUCACUAUUUAGGAUUGACGAAACUGCGCCAAUGCUCAACAAUUUGCUGAAUUGUAUCAAUGAAAGUGUGAUCGACAUAGGAAAAUGUGGAUUAGUGAUUCUGAAGUACAAACAGAGUGGUAGAUUUGACGAAAAAAUUUACAACGUAUUGAAAAUGCAGCCUUCAGUGAGGCACAAUAACAAUUUCCAGGAAUCGGCUAAAUCGUUGUCUGCUUUUGAACUGCAUACUCUCUCCGAUGGAACAUGUCUUGGGAAUCUCUCGUCACAAGUGUUUCAUUACGGUCAGAUAUUUUAUAUGAAAAUUCUCCAGCUUCGCCAGAACCGUUCCGCAACGCGUUCCACAGCUGUAAAAACUCCUAAAGCUCCUGCCUCGUUAUCCGCUUCACCUAACUUCGUUCACGUCACCAGAGUUUUCACAGGAACAUAUCCAUUCAAAAUCCAAGAAGUUGUGUCAACACAAGAAAUAGGAUCUAUUCCUGCUGAUCCGCGACGUGCGAUUUCUUUGCUGAUUAAACAUGUGCUUUCACAGAUCUUUGACGGUGAAAAGGUUCAUCAAAAAUUCGCCAUACGUUCCCAUCAUGGAAGAAACAAGAAAAAUGACGACCUACAAGACUUACCAAGAGAUGUUCUAUGUUUUAUUAAAGAACAGUUCGGACUUUCACCCGUUAAUUUUGAGCAUGUUUUUUAA